AUGUGGAACUUUCUGUCUAGGAAAGUUAAACAUCAGAAAACUGGUACCACAGAGAAAGCCUAUGAAUGUAAGGAAUGUGGGAAGUUCUUCUGCCAGAAGUCUGCCCUCAUAGUACAUCAGCAUACUCACUCAAAGGGCAAAUCCUAUGACUGUGAUAAAUGUGGGAACUCGUUCUCCAAAAAUGAAGACCUCACAAGACAUCAGAAAAUUCACACGAGAGAUAAAACCUAUGAGUGUAAAGAAUGUAAGAAAAUAUUUUACCACCUAUCAUCUCUCAGUAGACAUCUGAGAACCCAUGCAGGAGAGAAACCCUAUGAAUGUAAUCAGUGUGAGAAAUCCUUCUACCAGAAACCACAUCUCAUAGAACAUCAGAAAACAUACACAGGGGAGAAACCUUUUCAAUGUACUGAAUGUGGGAAGUUCUUCUAUGUGAAGGCAUACCUCAUGGUACAUCAGAAGACACACACAGGGGAGAAACCCUAUGAGUGUAAGGAGUGUGGGAAAGCCUUUUCCCAGAAGUCACACCUCACAGUACAUCAGAGAACACACACAGGGGAGAAACCCUAUAAAUGUAAGGAAUGUGGGAAAUUCUUCUCUAGGAAUUCACACCUCAAAACUCAUCAGAGAACUCACACAGGAGAGAAACCCUAUGAAUGUAAGGAAUGUAGGAAAUGCUUCUACCAGAAGUCAGCCCUCACAGCACAUCAGCAAACUCACACAGGGGAGAAACCCUUUGAAUGUAAUAAAUGCGGGAAAACCUUUUACUAUAAAUCAGACUUCACUAAACAUCAGAGAAAACACACAGGGGAGAAGCCCUAUGAAUGCACAGAAUGUGGCAAAUCUUUCUCUGUGAAUUCGGUCCUCAGAUUACAUCAAAGGACUCACAGGAGAGAAGCCCUAUGCAUGCAAGGAAUGUGGGAAGUCCUUUUCUCAGAAGUCACAUUUUAUUAUACAUCAGAGAAAACACACAGGGGAGAAGCCCUAUAG